AUGAUGAGGGGAGCGAGUAAGAGGUCAAUCAGCAGUGCCGCAGUGCUGCUGAUUAAAAAGAACAAGCUACCACCGCGACCAAAGUUCACGCCAGAGAUGGAAGCACAAUGCACUGAGAAAUUCCUUCAUGGCGGCAGAGGGCCCGGUGGCCAAAAGAUUAAUAAGUGUAAUUCUAAGGUACAACUACGGCAUGAACCCACUGGGAUCGUUGUCGAGUGCCAAGAAACGCGGUCACGUGAGCAAAAUCGAAAGCUUGCCCGGCUUAAGCUCGCGCGCGAACUUGCGGCGUCGUACGACACGAUGCCGUCCAGAGAGGAGGCGCUUCUACAGUGGCACCGUCAACAGAAACGCUCGCAGCGCCGGCGCAGCGUCGCGAAGUACGAGCAGCGUGAAGAGGCCGCUCGAGUCGAAAAAGAGGAACGCGAGGCCCGAGACAGAGAAAUGGUGCGCGAGUUAUUCCGCCGGUAA